AACAGGACAUUCUCAAACAGGGACAUAAAAAAGGAAGGAAUAAUGAAAAGAUACAUCAAUCCUAGCUGUCUUAACAAGCAAAAGGCCAAGAUUUAUUAAAAGUCAUCCAAAUAUGUUUUUCACAUAUCUUUGUAUCACACGUCACUCAUAAUUGUUUUARUAUUAAUGCCAUAGAAAUUUGAUUACUUAAAUUCAAUAUGGUAUUCGGCUUCAGGUUUACAUACCUCAGUUCGAUUCCUAGUAUGGCAAUCACAUUUGUCCUUAGACGAGACAUUUUUWAAAAAAAUUGUCACUCAGUGGUCCCCCCUCCAAAAGAAAAAUGUUCAGUCUGAGAUGAGAUUGGAUUACCUGUGGUGACCACUGGCAAGGAAAGGCUGGAAAUGAGGAAUGCUAGUUCCCACCCCCACCCCCCUUUUUAAAAACUGCUCUGCUGUCAAUGCAAAUGAAUAAUAAAAACAUCCUCAAGCUCAUCUAAGAUGUGGGCUGAUGCAAGACAUCUCUCAGUUGGACGGGAAAGAGGGAGGUGGAGUUCCAAUUGAAAGGUYUUGAGAUAAGCACCGCACAACUUCACACUGAAAGUGGGAAAUAUCCCUUAGAAAGGGGAAAAUGAUAUAUUGAAUAAAACUAAUACUAUUCAGCCUUCCAACCAUCUAGAUUGGCUAAGAAAGAUAUAAACAGCACAAAGAGCUAGCACAAAUAUUCCCAGAAAGCAAURACAUCUGCAUUUGGUGUUAAUUUAGUUUUAUAGAGAUGGCAGAGAUUAACAAUUCUACGUCGUAAAAGUCGAUGACACAUUCUUGAAAGCAAACAAAAAUGAUCGUAAAUUGAUCAACCAACCUGUGAUGUCCAGCAAUCUUUCAUUAUAUUUAUUUUAAUGGAAGAUAAAUUCACUUAAAUUGAAUUCGAAAACUAAUAAUUCUUACCUGCAAAUCAACAGACAAAAUGUACAUCCUUAACAACMGUUUUUACUGUUUUUAAAAUCUGAAAAACUUUCCCUAGACAAAGUAGGAAAUAUCAAUUACAAAGAAGUAAAAACACAAUGAGUGGAAUAAGGAAGGAAGGAAAUAAAGAAAAAAAACACCAAAGAAAGAAGUAAAGAAAGAUUGUAGACAUUAUGGCUAUGGGUCUCGUUAAACAAAUCACAAAGAUUCAACACCUGAAGUGCUAAUUGUACAUCUUUUUGUUUUACUGGGAAUAUGGUGAGCUAGGUUUUUUUACAACCCAAUAGGGAAUUGAUCGUUAUCUAGCGAUUUCUAUUCAAAAKUUUAGCUGCAAAAUUAGCUAAAACUUCGUAAUGCUUUUAAGUAUUGCUUGAUAAUAGAUCGUGAUCACUCUCGAUGUUUUGGGUACGUUAUGAAAAACAGAUAGCUUGAUAUGUCUUGGUUUAAAACAAUAUUCAUAACGUUAAUAAUUUAUGGCGAUAUCCAGCUUUCAUACUGUUUUUUUCCAUAUAAUCUACAAAGAGGUGACCACUAUGGUAUGAAUGUUUAAUAGUGAUCCUACGACGAUAAUAGUUUAUUUGGUAUUCACUCCAAAAUCCUCUAGAAACGUUUUGACCAGGAGGCGGUUAAUCACUUGCGAGACAUAUUGAGUUUCUCAACGUUAUGAGAGUGAUGAUGACUAAAGUGCUUUCCUAAACGAAAGGAAAUAUUUUUGUGUUAAAAAUAGCUGAAUACUUCACAUUUAAAUCAGUGUGACUAUCUUUCUCUUGUAAAACGUCUCGCUACAAGAGCCCGAGUGCGACAAUCUUCUAGUCUUCUUCGACCAGGAAGUCGUCCAGGUAUGGCUGAGAACGGCUCUAACAAGACAAGRAAUGGCUUARUGCAUGUAAACAACUACGUUGAACCAGUCCGUCCUAGCAAKACGCAGACCAAACACAAACAGAAUGACAKCAAACCAACAAAGCGAAACAGCACCCCCCGGAUCGAGACAGAGCCUAAAGAGAAAUCUAAUAGUCAAUCACAAGUUACUACMACCGCGUCAGGGUCGGGUUUAUUAGGUGCAGGAUUAGAAGCCAGUUUYGCUUCGUUAAGAAGAAGCUCUGCAACACCUGACCUGGCAAAACGAAAUGGAAAGGCAAAUGAGGCUUCCGCUGCUUCUCACCCCAACAGUGCAGGUUCAAUAUCUACAGGCUCGUCGCCAAGACUACCAAGACCGCCGACCGUAGAAUCGAAAAGUGUCUCAAUUCACGAAAGUGAGAAUUAUACUCAUCUAAACCAAUACAAGUUAAUGGAUGAAAUUGGAAAGGGCUCGUAUGGUGUUGUGAGAUUGUGUUACUCAGAAUUUGAUCAGGCGAAUUAUGCAAUGAAAAUUAUCUCCAAGAAACGAAUUAUGCGGAAAGCUGGGCUGCGGAGACCAAGCGAUAGAGGUAAAAACCCAGGGCUUGAAAAUCUACAACGGGAAAUAGCAAUAUUGAAGAAAGUCGACCAUCCGAACAUUGUACGCCUUUUCGAGGUACUUGAUGAUCCAGCAGAAGAUAAUCUUUAUUUAGUUUUUGAAUUGAUGGACAAAGGAGAAGUCAUGGAAGUUCCUGGACCACAGUUGCCACAGGAAACCGCUAGAAGUCACUUUAGAGAUUUAUUGCUAGGGAUAGAAUAUUUACACUAUCACAAGAUUGUACAUCGAGAUAUCAAACCUUCAAAUCUUCUUCUUGGCGACGAUGGAAGAAUUAAGAUUGCCGAUUUCGGUGUAUCGGAUGUAUUUGAUGGCGAUGACGCGCUGCUAUCAAAAACUGCAGGCUCGCCGGCAUUCAUGUCUCCUGAAUCACUCCAAACCACGCGUGACAAGUACUCUGGUAAGGCAUCUGAUGUGUGGGCGAUGGGAAUAACUCUUUUUUGUUUCGUGUAUGGAAAGUGUCCAUUUGAAGAUGGAAACAGAAUGGCGUUAUAUGAAAAGAUCAGGACACAGCAAUUGGAAUUUCCCGAUGAACCUGCGAUCAAUCCAAAAUUAGAAGAUUUAAUAAUGCGUCUAUUAACGAARGACUCUAAAGAACGGAUAACGAUAUCAGAAAUAAAGGAGCAUCCUUGGGUAACUCGUGGAGGUCGUGAUCUUUUACCUUCAACAAAAGAGAACUGUUCAGUGAUWGAGAUAACAGACGAGGAUAUUAAGAACAGUGUGCGCACAAUACCUAAAAUAAAAACCUUGAUCCUGGUUAAAAGCAUGAUAAGAAAUAAAACAUUCGGCAGCCAAUCGAAGCUACAAAGACUACGUUCGCAUUCACAGCCUAACAUUGGACCUAUUUUAGAACAGAAACAAAUACUAGAUGAUACUCAUUAGUAUAUAUAGUCUACAGGUACUUAAUUCUUCUCGUUGAAAAUCCCAGCKUCCUGACGUCUACUGAAAACUUCCUGAAACCAAAUCAGGGAACUGACUGGAUCGUUCCUACUGGAGACGGACGGGAAGAGUCUGAUUUCAGACAAACAAGUCCCAGUAACAUGAUUAUUAUUUUCUAAUAUCUAUAAAUAUGUAUUAUAAUCGAAUUGUACAUUGAUGAUGKUUUCAUAGAUAUCGAAUAUGUAUCAAUGUAAAAAGACCCAAACUUACGGGAGAAAUUGACGGAGGGGUCACGCGCGCGGUGUUGUACUUCUGUUCCACCUUUUMGUGGUAUUCGGGUUUAAUUCGGGGGUUGGUCUUGUAAACCUUUGAGAAACAAAUAGUUUCAUAUUAGAGUCGGAUCCWAAACAAAAAGGUCGGGCUCACAGCUAGAUUAUCGCGAAAACUAGGUUAAYUCAAAAACAAAUCUGGGCGACGUCUAUACCGUUAUGUACUUGAUCUGUCUUGGAUUAACAAUGAUCGACACAGAAAAUUAGAUAUCAUAGUACCAAGUACUCUAAAGUAUAGCUCAAGRAUUUAUAAAGUACGUUAAAUUGUGAUCUUUCACUCUUAUUGAAACAUCGACUAAGAGUUUCAAAAAUUAUAUUGCGUAUCGUGCGAGCAGAGCUUUUCAUCAUGGCAGAUCAUGGAGGACCUCUGCUCGAAGGCUAUAAAUUACAAAUAUAUCUAGUUCAGUUUCACGAGUUAUAGUUACAGAAAGUUUAGAAAUCAAACGAUUUUAGACAUCAUCCAUUCUAAAGGCCCUUUCUGAGAUAGCACUUUGCAUUGCAUUGUGGUCUAGAUUCGGUACAAACAUCUUUUGUUCAUACUGCCAAAUAUGGUGUUGUUUGUACUGAAGCUAGACCACAAUGCAACAUGAUUUUUAUUUCAGAAAAGGUCUAAUGGGUAUAUAUAAUAGACUGAGCGCAAUGAAUCCCUGAAAUAAUUAACUAUUUCUAUUUCAAAUUCAAGGGUUUAAUGUGUUCACUUAUGAUUAGGAUUAGUUUAUAUUAUGUACAAAGUGUAUGCUUGUAGAUUUAUAUCUCUGUACGUAAAUACUUCCUCACUUUACCGUGUGUACAUAUAUUAUAUGCAAACGUCUGCAGAGACUUUUAAAGAAAUCUAUUUUCAAAUCUAGCCAUAUUUUAUUUUAUCAUAUUUUAUCAUGGAAAUUUUAGUUUAGUUCAUUUAAAMAUUUACAGACAUAAAGUGGAGCCUCUGGA